UGCAAAUAAAAAAAAAAAAUUAUUUUUUUUAGGAAUUACAUGACAAGCCAAGAAGUGGUAGAUUUUGUACGACAAAGAUUAGUUAAGCCUGAAUUCCAAGACAACCUCUCUAGAAUAUGUGAAGAGCUAUUUGACUAUUGCCUUGCACCCAACACGUACGGUGAUGGCACAGGAUGUGACAAUAUGACUUGCAUCAUAGUCAACUUCAAAGAAAAUCUUAAUAACAAGAGAAAUUCCAGCACUCUUGAUACCAGUAUAGAAGGCCAGCCAGAAAAACGACCAAAACUGGAUGUUGAUGAAACCACCCAGGGGUUCACACCUAGUGAGCUUGGGGGAUUUGAGACUGAUAAAUAAGGCAGAAGAAAACUUAGUCUAUUUCAUGUAGUUUUCAUGUAUCAUAUACAUUGAAAUUUUAUAUUAUGUUUGUUUUUUAUCACAGUCAAUAUUAUUGCAUCCAUUUGUGAAUUUCUCAAGAAUAAUAAAUGUAUCCAAU